AUGCCAGAAGACAGCACGGCCGCAGAGGCAGAUGUCUCUGCUGCCAUGUCCGACAGCGACAACGAGUACGACGAUCUAGAGGCGCCCAUUAAAGACGAGGACGACAGGAUGGUUGAUCAGAACACCUCCCCAGAUGGCGUUGACCCAAACGGCGAGCCAAAGAAGAAGUAUGACCCCAAGGAUCCCAAUCGUCCACGGAGGAAAAAGGCCCGGAGAGCUUGCUUUGCCUGCCAACGUGCUCAUUUGACCUGUGGGGAUGAGAGGCCAUGCCAACGGUGUAUCAAGCGCGGGCUUGCUGAUGCCUGCCAAGAUGGCGUUCGCAAGAAGGCCAAGUAUCUUCAUGACGCACCGGCUGAGGCAUUGAGACCUGUGCUCGGGCCAAGUUAUAAUCCUACCCCGGUAACAACUAGGUCGAAUGGCAACCGACAUACGUCAAACUCGGGCUCAGAAGCCUCAUCUACUGUCGGCACCUUCUUCUCGCAGUCAAACGCCUCCUCGUUUCCAGUGUACUCGACCUCGCAAGCGCCCAUGACCACCUUACCAGAAAGCAUGGCGUUUGGGAGCCAGCAGUCUCCCGUGUCCCCAUCAUUUCCCACGCCGGGAAAUCCCCAGAUUGGCGGCAUGUCCGUCCCCCAAGUCUCUAGUCCAAUGCCAAAUUUCACCGCGGCGCUCUUCGACCCGAGCAACCCUGCUUUGUUUAACUUCAACUUGGAAGGACUUAACUUUGGCAGCCAAUACGGGGCCAUGGAGUUUGGCAUGCUCGGGCAUAUGUCCUCGGGCGCUGCUGAGACACCUCCCCGCGAUCCUUUGGCGCAACAGGGUGGGGAUGUUAACUUUGGCUCAGCCGGCGUCUUUGGAAACGGCAUGAACCAGUUUGACAAGGUGUAUGAAGGCGGCAUAAUUGGUGACUUUCUUGGUCUAGAUACAAGUGCAAACGGCCUGUACUCGCAAGGCAAUCUGCAACACGGUCUUCCACAUGCCUACGCCAUUGCGGCGGGACCAACCAGUCUCCAGAGCCCUAGCACCGAGAACAACAGCCCACAGCCGACAAAUUUUGGCUUCGAAAGCUCGCCCACAAUGCCUAACUACUCACCGGCGCCUGGGACCGCUGCCCAGACGGUGACCCAGCAACGACCAAGGCCGAAGACGUCAGCGUCUUUGGCGAAGCUCGGGGCGCAGUCACAUUUGGGGAGGCGGCAACGCGACCCCUCAUACAUAUACGAGAUGGUCAAAGAACCGUUUCCAUAUGUGGGUAGUUUUCACAAACUCAUCACCCUGCUCCAGAACCGGUUCUCGGCCGGCUCGACGCUGCGUAUCGCAAAGGCGCUGUCGAGCGUGCGGUUAGCCUUCAUGUCAUGUACACGGACACUGAACCGUCAAGACUUAGUCUUCAUGGAGAAGACGUUCCAGCGAGCCCUUUUCGAGUACGAUGAGUUCAUGCACCAAACACCAGGGCCCACCAUUGCCUGCCGACGGAGUGGCGAGGUGGUAGGUGUGAACAAGGAGUUCACGGCGCUCUCGGGCUGGACCAAGGACGUGCUGUUGGGGAAGGAGCCUAACCUCAACGUGAACCUAGGAACCAUCAACAGCUCCUCUAGUUCUUCAACAGCUCGAGGGAAAGCGGGUCUGACAACACCUCUCCUGAAGAGCAUGAACGAGCAAACCGCUGCCAAGACAGCCGAGGGGCAGUUACAGCCCGUGUUUAUUGCUGAGAUUAUGGACGAAGAGAGCGUUAUCGGGUUCUUCGAGGACUUUGCUCAGCUGGCUUUCAACGACAGCCGUGGUAGAGUCAUGAGGAAGUGUCGGCUUCUCAAAUACAGACCUCCGGGUACCACGGAAGGCGGGGUGCAAGAAGAAAGCCCACCCAAGGAUUCUCGGAACACUAGCAGUAUUCUGAGCAACCGCGUGGCUAAAAUUGACGGCGAGCACGGCAUCUCGAAGCUCGAAAGGGACGGCAAACUUGAGUGCUGCUACACGUGGUCGAUCAAGAGGGACACGUUCGACAUCCCCAUGUUGAUUGUGAUGAAUUUCCUUCCGUGUUUUUAUUUGAACCACAACCAGCUUGCGGUCUAG